AUGCUUAAUGCAAUCGUUUCCAAACGUUACUUUUCUUCUAUUUCUUCCGUCCUUAGAAGCACAGAGAUUAGACUUGCCAAGCAACCAGCCAAUGCAACAUUUAACCUGAAAAAGUCCCUCGACCCAAUCGAAUUGGCCCUGACAGCGGACAAACCAAUUCAUUCUUGGACUAAAGAACAAAUCAGGGAAAUUUACAAUACUCCUUUGAAUGAUCUUCUUUUCUGUGCACAAUUAGUCCAUAGAAAGUUCCACAAUCCUUCUCAAAUCCAGCUAUGUACUCUAAUGUCCAUCAAAACUGGUGGCUGUACAGAGGAUUGUAAAUACUGUGCACAAUCGUCUCGUAACAAUACUGGUUUGAAAGCUGAGAAGUUAGUUGAUCUCGAUACUGUUUUUGAAAAGGCCAAAGAGGCUAAAAGCAGAGGCUCCACCAGAUUUUGCAUGGGUUCUGCUUGGAGAGACAUGCACGGCAGGAAAUCGGCCAUGAAGAAAAUUGGUGCCAUGGUGAAGAAAAUUAACGACGAACUAGAAAUGGAGACCUGCGUUACUUUGGGAAUGUUAGACGAUGGCCAGGCCCAGAUUUUGAAAGAAGCAGGACUCACUGCCUAUAAUCAUAAUAUCGAUACUUCCAGAGAACAUUACAAGGAUAUUAUUUCUACCAGAACUUUCGAUGAUCGUUUAAAAACCAUUAAAAAAGUCCAGGAUGCCCAUAUUGGUGCAUGUACUGGCGGUAUUUUGGGACUUGGAGAAACUGAUGAAGACCAUGUUUCUUUCUUGCACACUUUGGCUACCAUGGAUAGGCAUCCAGAAUCGUUACCAAUAAACCGAUUAAUUGCUAUUAAUGGUACACCAAUGGCGGAGGAGUUGAAAACGAAGUACAAGGAUAGAAAACUCACCACCGAGUCUAUUCUAAAGACUAUUUCUACUGCUAGACUACUUAUGCCUAAAGCGAUUAUCAGAUUGGCUGCUGGUCGUUACACUAUGAGAGAAUCUGAACAGCUUUUAUGUUUUAUGGCAGGAGUUAAUGCUAUUUUCACUGGUGAAAAGAUGCUAACCACCAUGUGUACCGGUUGGGACGAAGAUAUUAACAUGCUUAAGAAAUGGGGAUUUGUUCCAAUGAAAUCAUUCAAAAAGACUGGUCCUUCCAGUCACUUGAAAAUUAAUAUUGACCCUAAAGAAAAGACAUUUACUGUGAACUUGUCCGCAAGAGAUCCAGAGGCUGAAAAUGAUCAAACUGUUGUUUCUGCUUGA